ACACACCUGUUUUACACACGUCACUCAAACACAGAACCAGGAAACAGAAUCACAUAAGUUCAGGGAAAGAGAAACUAAAGUGUUAGUUGAGCUGUUGUGUGCUUGUAUCUCUGUAUUUCGGCAGUAAAAUGGCAGAAGCCAGAAUUUCGGUGGAUCAGAAUGAGUUCAUGUGUUCAGUGUGUCUGGAUCUCCUGAAGGAUCCUGUGGCCAUUCCCUGUGGUCACAGUUACUGUAAGAUCUGUAUUACAGACUGCUGGGAUCAGGAGGAUCAGAAGAGAGUCUACAGCUGUCCUCAGUGCAGACAGACCUUCAGUCCAAGACCUGCUUUAGCUACAAACACCAUCCUGGCUGAAGUGGUGGAGAAACUGAAGAAGACCAAACUCUCUGAUGACAGUUACGCUAGAGCUGGAGAUGUGCAGUGUGACGUCUGUACUGGAAGAAAAUACAGAGCCGUCAAGUCCUGUCUGGUGUGUCUGGAGUCUUACUGUCAAACUCAUUUUGAUCGUCACGAGGAGUUUCAUUCACGUAAACCACACAAAGUGACUGAAGCUACUGGACGACUGCAGGAGAUGAUCUGUCAGAAACAUGAGAAGCUCCUUGAGGUUUUCUGUCGCACUGAUCAGAAGUGUAUCUGUCUGCUGUGUACGAUGGAUGAACAUCAAAACCACAACACUGUAUCAGCUGCAGCACACAGGACAGAGAAACAGAAGCAGCUGAAGGAGACUCAGAAGACGCUCCAGCAGAGAAUCCAGCAGAGAGAGAAAGAUCUCCAGCAGCUGAGAGAGACUGUGGAGUCUCAUAAGCGCUCUGCACAGACAGCAGUGGAGGACAGUGAGAGGAUCUUUACUGAGCUCAUCCGCUCCAUUGAGAGAAGCCGCUCUGAGCUGAUACGACUGAUCAGAGAUCAGGAAAAGACUGCAGUGAGUCGAGCUGAAGAACGACUGGAGCGACUGGAGCAGGAGAUCAAUGAUCUGAGGAGGAGAGACGCUGAGCUGGAGCAGCUUUCACACACACAGGAUCACAUCCAGUUCCUGCAGAGUUUCCAGUCUCUCUCGGCUCCUCCUGAAUCUACAGACGUAAAUGAUGAUCUCUUCAGUUCUCUCUUCUCUUCUGAUGAUCUGAGAGAAUCUGUCCAUCAGCUGAGAGACAAACUGGAGGAUUUCUGCAAAGAGGAGAUCAAGAAGAUCUCAGACAGAGGUAAAAUCCUGGAGAUUCAUCUGCUCUCAGAAACCAGUCCAUCAACCAGGAACGACUUCCUACAAUAUUCCCAUCAGCUCACUCCGGAUCUGAACACAGUGAAUAAAUACCUCCGUCUGUCUGAGGGUAACAGAGAGAUUACUGUCACUGACACAGAUCAGUCGUAUCCUGGUCAUCCAGACAGAUUUGAUCUGUGGCCUCAGGUGUUGUGUAGAGAGAGUGUGUGUGGACGCUGUUACUGGGAGAUUGAGUGGAGAGGAGAUGUUGGUGUGUAUAUAUCAGUGUCAUAUAAGAGCAUCGGCAGGAAGGGAGGAGGUGUUGAGUGUAUGUUUGGACGUAAUGAUCAGUCCUGGAGUUUGAUCUGUACUCCCUCCAGUUACUCAUUCAUUCACAAUAACAUAAAGACUGAUCUCCCUAUAAAGUCCAUCAGCAGUAGAAUAGGAGUGUUUGUGGAUCACAGAGCAGGAAUUCUGUCCUUCUACAGCGUCUCUGACACAAUGAGCCUCAUCCACACAGUCCAGACCACAUUCACUCAGCCGCUCUAUCCUGGGUUUGGAGUUUGUUCAAGAACAUCAGUGAAAUUGUGCUGAUGAAUCAGAAUAGACUGACAAGAGAUUCUACCCAUAAUGCUGUGAUGUUAUAAAGUCUCUUCUUUCUUUUCUCUUAAUGACAGUAAUACUGCAGCUGAACUUUUGUCAGUGAAACGCUGUCUACGUCGAGCUCGCAGCAUUCUCAAGGACUCCUCUCACCCUGACCACGAACUGUUUAACCUCCUCCCCUCCGGGAGGCGUUUCAGGAGC